UAAUCUGUGUGCAGCGAAAUUCGAACAUGUCGUCUGCCACUGUGUUUUGACGAUGAUAAAUUUCUCUAAAAGACAAGUUUGUUUUACUCUCAAGCAUUGACAGCCACUUUUCUUCGCAGCUAAUAAAUAAUUAGAAGUCACUAUGUGCAUCCCCAGGGAAUGUUUGUCCAUCGUGCCAUUAGUUUGGCUGAUAACGAUGCCUGUUUUUGGCUCAUUUUGCGGGCCAGAGGUUGUGCUUCGUUUGUCCCUGUUGAUGAUGCUGCACACGCUGAUUGGGGCUGCAUUACCGAGUGUGUUGGUGUCAAUCAUCCCGUUCUUCCAAACAGGGCUGUUUUGCGUCCUCCUAGCCCUACCCAUCACCGUCGUGCCCUACCUGUUCCUGUGGGUCUAUGACAAGCUCAUCUGGUUGUCAGAGCCGGUCUUUCUGACCAUCGAGGCAGUGGAGUUGGUCCGGGUGUCCGUCAGGACCAGCAGUAGGGUGGCUGAGCAGAUUGAGGAACAGCCACUACUCAUGAAGUCUUUGAUACUUGGUGCAGCUGGAAUCUCCUACACACUUUCUGUGGUCAUGGGCUAUGUUCUUUUAUCUUCGGGAUCGCCAGCAGUCAGGUGGAUACUUGCUGCUCUUAUAGUUGUCUCCGUUGUGUUGCUGCUGUUAACAUUAAUGAAAGAUGAAGGGAUCAUAAGCGACUGCGGUAUCGCCACCCUAGCCAUGUUCUCCAUCCUGUGGGCCAUGCAGCAGGAGUCUAACAUGAUGGCUCAUCCCAUGAAAGUGCCCGAGGAGUGGAUCAAUGCCAACACCGACGAGGAGUCAUUCGUGCAGCUGCUCUUGUCCAUGGCAACAAUGGGUUUCGCCCGAGUUACCAUGGCCUUUUCCUUCCUACGCAACCUUUUUUCAGCGUCUUUCCUGCUCUUGGUAGCGAUACGAGUCCUCAGUGUAAUUCACGUUACUUCUCUGGUAGCCAAACGGAUUACAGAGCAGUCAGAUGACUAUGACGAUUACAGCGACAGUCAAGACGAGUCACUGUCCUCAGCCUGGCACUCCCCCUUCAUUGUCAAGCUGGCCCUGAUCUUCGUCUACACCCAACUCGUGGUCUACAACAUCGAGGUGUCCACCAAGCCCCUGUCCUACACCGCCAGCGGGCCCAUCAUGGAGGUCGCCACCAAAGGUUUGGUUCAGAAAGUGGGCGUGUCUCGCCUGGUGCAGCUGUGCGUGCUGAUUGGUACGUACAUCUACCGGCUGUACCACCCCGACGAGUUUGUAUUUGAUUACUAAAGAUGCCUACCUCUUUAGCUGGUGCCCAUUGUCUUAUGGAAGGGGACCAGUGAUGCCUACGUUUCUUUAACUCUCAUUUGUCAAUUUAAUAGCUGGUAACCACCUUUGAGCUCUCAUUGGAUAACUUAGUAGUUGGUGCCCAAGCACUGUCCCACUUAAGGAAACCGGCGAUUCUUUAACUCUCAUCUGUCAAUUUACUAGCUGGUACCCACCACCUUCGAACUCUCAGUGGAUAACUUAGUAGUUGGUGCCCACUGUCCUAUCCAAGUGAACCAGUGACUGCCCUUUUUGUUUGAUCUCAUUUGACAACUGUACCCAUCACCUUAAAGGAAACCAGUAAUUGCUAAAUUUCAUUGAGAUUUCAUUGGAAAAUGCAAUAGUUGUACCUACGGCCAUAUCCAAGGGCACCAGUGAUGGCUAGAUUUCUUUGAGUUCUCAUCUGAUAACUCAGAAGCUGGUACCCCACUGCCUUACCCAAAGGAACCAGUGACACAUAAAUUGCAUUGAGCUCUCAUUGGUCUAUACUUAGUGGGUGGUACCCACCACCAGAAACCAGUUAUGGCAACAUUUCUUUGAGAUUUCACUGAAAAACUCAAUAUUUGGUCCCUAGGGCCAUAUCCAAGGGCACCAGUGGCCUAGAUUUCUUUGAUUUCUCAUUUGAUAAUCUAGUAACUGGUACCCACCACCUUUGGUGCUGGUGAUUUAUAGAUUUCUUUAUGUGCUUUCAGUGCAUAACAUAUUUUAGACCAAAGUUCAAUCUCUCCCCACGUGUGAAGAAUGCAUUCAUACUGCAUGUAUAUGUACAUAGAUUAUUAUGGCAAAAAAAUACCCAUAAUGCUUUGUGUUUCCUGCACAAUAUUUUCUGAAUGAGAUCAGCAGUCACCGGCCCCUAUGAUUUUAGGCAUAGUAUGAACAGGACAGUGGACUAUAUGAAUUGAUUCCAUAAAAAAGUGUGUAGACUACAGCACUGGAAUGGUAUUCUAUAGGUGUUUGGUUCGAAUUUAUAUUCAAUUAAGUUUAGGAGUUUGAACUCACAUAUGUGAUGCGAUCAAGCUACAUGAGUCACUUGUCGACCCUGGUCAA